GUUAUUAUUGUUAUUGGUUUAUCUUCGAAAAUUUGGAAUAAGGACACGGGCAUUUAUGUAAUUCACGUGGGUUUUGAAUCGAAUCGGUUACGAAGAUGAUACAUUCAAAAUUUUGUGGAAAUAUUUUUGCCUAAAUUUUCGUUCCUACUUUUUUUUUAAUUUUUAUUUGAUUUUUUGAAUUUGAAGUGCGCUUCUGUUUCUGGCAGUUUUCAGAAGAUUAACAUUAUAUUUAUUUUUUCCAGAUAAACUUUUAGUGUGAGAGUACUUACUACUAGACAUGGACUCGUAACCAGGACCCAGAAAAAAGAAAAAGGUAAAAACACACGCAGAGACUCAUUGUGUUUGAUUGUUGGGGCUCUCCAAGUUGUUUUCUUUUGAACAAGUUUCUGCUAGGCUUGGAAACUGAAUGAUUUUGGGAAUAGAUAGAUGAUGGAUUUUUCAGACUCUACAAAACUUGUUAUCAGCAGAAUACAGGAGGUAGACCCAGAAAAUGUUACAAAGAUUAUAGGUUAUCUUCUUUUACAUGGUCAUGGGGAACUUGAAAUGGCUCGCUUGGCCCUGGCUCCAGACCAUUUGUUUCACCAAGUGGUGUUGAAAGCCAAGGCUGACCUUCUGCGGUUGGCUAGCAAAUCAGCACCUUCCAUGAAUCCACCCUCGGCUGCUUUCGCCCCCUUUUCGCCUGUUUCUUCUACGCCUCCUGCAGCCUUUCGGGUCCCAACUCCUUGUUGGGAUCCCCAACUUGUUUCGAAGCAGAACAUGAUGCCAUUUGAAUUCUCCGAUCCUGUGGAGGAACUGCAAAACCAGGCUCGAUUUUUGAGUUUGGAGGAUCAAAUGGAACCGCUCAAUUCUGGGAUUUCAGGAUACCCAGAUGAGUACUAUUAUCAUGAUGCUGCACUAGGCGGAAGCUUAAGUCCUAGACCAGGCAGACGAUUCUCAAGUCUAGAGUUUCCGGUUAAGAUUUGUCACUACUUUAGUAAGGGCUUUUGUAAGCAUGGAAGCAGCUGUAGAUAUUACCAUGGACAAGUGAUUCCAGAUAGCUUCUCUCAGAUGUAUGGGAAUGAUGGCCUUAUUGAUGAUCAUGUUAUCUUGCCCAUGUCUCUUGAGAAGUUGGAGUGGGAAAUUGUUGAGCUGCUUAGAUCAAGAAGGGGGACUCCUAUUUCAAUUGCUUCUCUGCCAAUGAUGUAUUAUGAGAAAUUUGGAAAAUCUCUUCAGGCAGAAGGCUAUCUCACCGAAAGCCAGAGACAUGGGAAAGCUGGUUACAGUUUGACAAAGCUUCUUGCCCGGCUUGGAAGCAGCAUACGGCUGAUUGACAGGCCUCAUGGGCAGCACGCAAUAAUAUUAGCUGAAGACUCUUUAAAAUACAUGGACCACCGGAAUGAGAGAGGCGAUCCUGGUCCAAUUGUUAGUGGUUCACGGCAAAUAUACUUGACAUUUCCAGCUGACAGCACCUUUAGUGAGGAUGAUGUCUCUAACUACUUCAACACCUUUGGCCCUGUUGAAGACGUAAGGAUCCCUUGCCAACCUAAGAGGAUGUUUGGGUUUGUAACCUUUGUACAUGCAGACACUGUGACAAUGAUCUUGUCCAAAGGAAAUCCUCAUUUUGUUUGCGGGGCUCGUGUUCUUGUGAAACCUUACAGGGAAAAAUCAAAGCUUGCUGAAAGAAAGUACCAAGAGAGAAUGGAGCCAGCUGAUCACUAUUCUCCACACUUUUCAGACAUGGAACCCGAGUUUCAUUCAAUGUCAAGAUGCUAUAAUAAUUCUAGAUGGCUGCGGAAGAAGCUGUUGGAAGAACAAGAAAUUGCACUUGAACUGGAGAGGAGUAGGCUGGCUCAGCUGCAUUUUACGCGAAUACCGGUUGCUAAUCAGCCCUAUUCUGGUUAUGUAAUGGAUGGGCGAAUGGUCUCUGAAGAUAAUUUCAACUUCCCGCCUGCAGAAUGUUUUGAUUUUCUGUUAGAUGUUAUAAACAAUGGGUCUACAAGUGAUGAUAAACCCAAACAUACAGGCACCAACUACACCGACCAAGAUAGUCAAGGACUUAAUCUCCCAGAUAGCCCAUUUGCAACUUCGAUAGCUAGUGGCAUUUCAGCUGUCAUAUAGGUUCAGGGACGUUAAGUUUAGGAUUAGGUACCAGUUCAAAAGGCAAUGACAUAUUUGGUUCUACACAUAACAGCUCUCUUCAUUUUCACAGCUUCAUCGGCUUUGUCAAAAGUUUCCUGCAAGUACAUACCAUCUGCAUGAAGAAAUGCUAGUUGACAUUCGUCCCUAUCACUACUACUGGGUUGAACGACAUAAUUCAAUACUUAGAAGUACAGGUAAAUGUUAAUGUUGAUCACAGAAGGCAAAGACAGCUAGGUCUUUACAGUUAGUCUUUUAGUGGAAGAAAGGUGUUUAGAGUAUAUGCAGAUGUUUGAGGGAGCUUAAUAAUAUACUGUUCAUAUUCAUAGUUGUUACCAUGAACAAAAUGUGAAAGUACUCCAACUAUAAGUUUAAGUACUAUAUAUAGUAGUUUGAUC